AUGAGCUGGCUCUCGUCCCUCUGCUUCUGGCCGCUGGCGCCUGAGCGUCAACCCCUCCUCCUCGAUGUCUCCCCUUCGUCCCAGUUCCCUCCCCCACACACCGUGUUGACCGCACCCGUCCCGCGCACUCGCCCGUUCAACCACCUCGCAUCUCUCCUUGGCCGGCUGCCAGCACCGGAAGACGCCGAGCUCCGCCACUCGCACAGCUCAAACCACUCGACCGCCUCGUCCCGUCCACUGAGCAUUGUCGAGUAUGCCGACCGCCGGUGGGAGGAGCGCCGCGAAGAGCGUCAAGGUCGUGCCCGUCGUCGAGAGGCCGAGUCCCGGCGACAGCGUGCACUCUCCAGUGCAUAUGGCAGCCGCAUGUGCAAGGUAGAUGGACACCGUACCUCCCAGCCAACCACCCCAACGUUUGUCGACGGCCGCGAGGCCCCGCCACGCCCGCCCAGCGCGACCAGCACCCACUCGCGUGCCACCCAGGGGUCCAUGGGCAACCGUCAAAGUCACGUCCGCCACCGCUCCCUCGACGUCUUGCCUCUCCAGACCUCGAUCACCGACAUUGUCGUCCCCGACUCCCCCACGAGCUUUGCCCAGUCGCCGUCCACCACCCCUCAUGCUCUCCCCUCUCCUCCGCCGGCAUUCUCCACCCGCCGCACCGUCUCCACUCCCGUUGUCCCCUCUCCACCGACAUCCCCUACGACCCCACCCCAGGGCGGACCUGCAGGUGGACCUCCCGGUGCUCAGCAGGUCGCCGCCGAUCUCCCCGGGCUCAACCACCUCCGCUCCGACUCGUCCCUCACCACCCUCAACACACUCGCCUCGCCGUGUGCCGUCAGGGCAAGCCUCCCCCUCGAGGAAAAAUACCGUGCUUCCCGCGCUGCUCGUGGCAGCAUGAGUUCGGUCAGCGAUGCUCGCUCCCCCUCGCCCCACCCGCGCGACCUCGUGGACCGUAUGUCCGAGGCCGAUGGAUACCCCUUCCCGCACCCAAACGAGUACGACGAGGGUGAGACCCUGUACGACGCGGACGACAGCGGAGUGGUCCACAAGACCAUUGGACUGGCGGGUCUCAAGCCCAUCUGCGGCACAGGCAGCACGCGUCGUCGCAAGCACAACAAGCGCGUCCGCUUCCCGCCCGGCACGGCUACGACUGGCCGCCGUUCCCGUGCGGACAGCAAGGCCAGCAUGACGUUUGGCGACUAUGAAAAGGUCGCCGACGAAAAGGCCUAG